CGCCCCCGGCGGCUGGCGCGGGCGGUGCAGCAUGCGGCAAAGCUCUUUGCAUAAAUUAUGCUCAUGACGCAGCAGCUAAAAAAAUCCAAGUAGCAGAAGGAGGGAAAAAGGGGGGGAGGGAUAAGGGGGGGUCGUGGAAGGGGGGAACGAGGAAAAAUAUAUACCUGACCGACCCCCACCCGCCUUCCCCUUCCCGCUUCCCGGCCGUCCCCCUCCGCCUGGCGCAGCCCGCGGAACCCCCUUCGGCUCUGCCCAGCCCAGGCUAGGGGCCCGGGGGCGGCGGCGGGUCCCGACCAGCUCCCGGGCCGAGCCGAGCCCAGCCAAGCCGCACUGGCUUCUUUGUCUGCGGGCGGCGGCCGCCGUGGCCCCGGCCCCGGCCCCCUGGCCCGGGCUGUGAGACGAAUCUCUAAUUGGUGGCCGCCGGGCACCCGGGGCGAAGGCGGCUCGGGCUCGGGCUCGGGCUCGGGAUGUGCUAGGUGUGGGCUGGCCCCCACCCAACCCUGACAAGUGACCAUGGAUCCUGGAGCUGGAUCAGAGUCAUCUCUGACUGUCAAUGAGCAGGUCAUCGUGAUGUCAGGUCAUGAGACCAUCCGAGUGCUGGAAGUUGGAGUAGAUGCCCAGCUCCCUGCUGAGGAAGAGAGCAAAGGACUGGAGGGCGUGGCUGCUGAGGGCUCCCAGAGUGGAGACCCUGCUGAAGCCGGUCAAGCUGCUGGUGAAGCUGGGCCAGACAACCUGGGCUCCUCUGUAGAGGCAACUGUGAAGUCACCCCCGGGGAUCCCUCCGAGCCCUGCCCCUGCCAUUGCCACCUUCAGCCAAGCCCCAAGCCAGCCUCAGGCAUCGCAGACCCUGACACCACUGGCUGUACAAGCUGCCCCCCAGGUCUUGACUCAGGAAAACUUAGCCACAGUUCUGACAGGAGUUAUGGUUCCAGCAGGGGCAGUUACUCAACCUCUUCUUAUCCCCAUCAGUAUUGCAGGUCAAGUGGCUGGUCAGCAGGGGCUGGCCGUGUGGACAAUUCCUACAGCAACCGUGGCUGCCCUCCCAGGACUGACCGCUGCUUCUCCUACGGGGGGAAUUUUCAAGCCACCUUUAGCCGGUCUCCAAGCAGCUGCUGUGCUGAACACCGCUCUGCCGGCACCCGUACAAGCUGCCCCACCGGUACAGGCCUCCUCGACGGCCCAACCCCGGCCACCAGCCCAGCCCCAGACGCUGUUCCAGACCCAGCCGCUGCUGCAGACCACACCUGCCAUCCUCCCACAGCCCACUGCUGCCACUGCUGCUGCCCCUACUCCCAAGCCAGUGGACACCCCCACACAGAUCACCGUCCAGCCUGCAGGCUUCGCAUUUAGCCCAGGAAUCAUCAGUGCUGCUUCACUUGGGGGACAGACCCAGAUCCUGGGCUCCCUCACUACAGCUCCAGUCAUUACCAGCGCCAUUCCCAGCAUGCCAGGGAUCAGCAGUCAGAUCCUCACCAAUGCUCAGGGACAGGUUAUUGGAACCCUUCCAUGGGUAGUGAACUCAGCUAGUGUGGCGGCUCCAGCACCAGCCCAAAGCCUCCAGGUCCAGGCCGUGACCCCCCAACUGUUGUUGAACGCCCAGGGCCAGGUGAUUGCAACCCUGGCCAGCAGCCCCCUGCCUCCACCUGUGGCUGUCCGGAAGCCAAGCACACCUGAGUCCCCUGCUAAGAGUGAGGUGCAGCCCAUCCAGCCCACACCAACAGUGCCCCAGCCUGCUGUGGUCAUCGCCAGCCCAGCUCCAGCAGCCAAGCCAUCUGCCUCUGCUCCUAUCCCAAUUACCUGCUCAGAGACCCCCACUGUCAGCCAGUUGGUGUCCAAGCCACAUACUCCAAGUCUGGAUGAGGAUGGGAUCAAUUUAGAAGAGAUCCGGGAGUUUGCUAAGAACUUUAAGAUACGGCGGCUUUCUCUGGGCCUUACACAGACCCAGGUGGGUCAGGCUCUGACUGCAACAGAAGGUCCAGCCUACAGCCAGUCAGCCAUCUGCCGGUUUGAGAAGCUGGACAUCACACCCAAGAGUGCCCAGAAGCUAAAGCCAGUGCUGGAAAAGUGGCUUAAUGAAGCAGAACUGCGGAACCAGGAAGGCCAGCAGAACCUGAUGGAGUUUGUAGGAGGCGAGCCCUCCAAGAAACGCAAACGCCGCACCUCCUUCACUCCCCAGGCCAUAGAGGCUCUCAAUGCCUAUUUUGAGAAGAACCCGCUGCCCACAGGCCAGGAGAUCACUGAAAUUGCUAAGGAGCUCAACUAUGACCGUGAGGUCGUGCGUGUCUGGUUCUGCAAUCGGCGCCAGACGCUGAAGAACACCAGCAAGCUGAACGUCUUUCAGAUCCCUUAGAGCUCAGCCCCCGGCCCUGUGUUCUAGCACUUUGUCUGUUUUCCUUGGCAUCCGGCUGCCGCCACUGCCAUGACAGCACCUGUCAUUUUGCCACGUGCAGCUGUGCUCGCCCCAGGUCAUGAGACUCCACUGUGUGCAUGUGCGUCAAUGUCCCUCUUCUCUCCCACGUAUCUCACAUCAUGGGGAGGCCAGACGGGGCCACAUGAGAGCUCCACGUUCUGGACUGGUUGCUCCAAAGAAGAGGAUUUGUGAUGUCACUUAGAGAAGCACUUUGCUAGCAUGGUUUCUGAUGGGUGAAUUCUGGUGGGGAACCAGAAACUCACUGUCUUUGGGGCAGGGCUAUAGCAGCUCCUAAGGACCACUGGCCAUUAGGUCGGCUUUUGAUGGCAUUCUCUUUCCACCUUCUUUUCUCCUUUGCUCUUCUGUGUUAGUGUGGCAGGUAUAACAACUCAUCCAGUGGAACCACAGCCUCACACUGCCCUUCCCCACACAUUUUGCCUGCAGGCGCACAGAAAGGACCCAGGAGAUAAAAUUCAGAAAAGUGUGACGUGCUGCUCAGAAGGUCAGACUCAAGGUCUGCCUUGACCUCAAGGUCAGAAGGUUCCCAACCCCCUGGGGCCAGAACAUGGGCUCUUCUCUCCCACCUCUCCCUGGUCCCUUUGCAGAGAAAUUUGCACUAAAACAGAACGUGUUCUUUUGCAAUCCACGUUGGAAGAAGCAGCAGUGAACUGUACCUGUCCUGGAGUUGUCCUGGGUCUGCAGCAGGUUGGACAUUUAGAAAAUAAGACCAUUCUUUCAGAUUUUAAUCUAAUCUCUGUUGAUGGCCGUCCCUCCCACAAAAAAGAUCUUGGGUGAAGAAACCUUGCAGCCUGGAAAAUCCCACUGCCCAAGCAAACAGGCAACUCUGGAGAUAAAUAAGGAAAGGGCUGCUGACUUUCUCUGACUUUCUCUUGUCCUCACACCCAUUCCCAACCCAAUGCUGAGGCCUUCUCAAAAGCAGCAAAUUAGACAAUAAACCAGACAGCAAGGCCCUGGGGGAAAGAACAGCAUCCAUGAAUAAAUGAUGGAGUCUGGGAAGGUCUCUUGUGGAAGUCGA